AUGGCGGGGUGCUCUCCGGGAGGAGGAUAUCAUGUGAAGUUAUCUGAGCUUCUUGGACCCGAACCCAGUAGCUACUCGAUGCCGAAGGAGGCGAAGCUCUCGCUGACGUGUUUUGCAAGCGAGAGGUCGGGAGGCCUUGGCGAUGAGACUCUGGUCGCCGAAGGGGUCUUACGCGCAAGUCCCAUCGCUGAAGGGGUGCUGCGAGAGCCCAGCGCAGUGGCAUCGGCCAGACAGGGCGUUCACAGCCUUGAGCCUGGAUCUGUGCAGCACAAGGAAGAUGAUCUCCCCAAUUCUCGGAGUGUGCAGCCAGAGAGUUCCAGGCCAGAGGCUGCUUGCACUGUCUCGCCCGAGGCCGUUCACAGCCUUGCGCCGGCAUCCGUACAGCGACAGCCAGAACGCACCGCAUCGCCUGAGCAGACGGAGGCCGAUCCCUUCGAUCUACCGCUGCAGCAGGGCAAAUCCAG